AUGCCUCAAGAUGCUGCAGAUAUAAAAAUUCAUGGACCUUUCUUCAACCUUACCAUGUGUAUCAGAAGCAUAAUAGCUCUCUCUUCGCUCAGCGUCUCUGUCAAGGAGAGAAUAAGACUCAAGUCUUUUCAUUGGCUGGGUCAUAAGCUAGCAGAUACUGAGACAGAACAGCUUGCUGAAGUUUUUUGCCUGAGUGAAGAUGCAACUAUUACAACACAAGAUGCCAAUCAGUCUCAGGCAAACUCUUUGACCAAGAUGCAAACUGGACUUGAUGAAUCAUCUCCUGAGACGGUAACUACAAAAACUGCCAACUGGCAAACUCAGGGGAGUCCUUCAGAUUAUUUGACACUUCGAUAUAAUGUAUCUACACCAGGUCAAGAUCUUACCACACAAGAGUUCAAGCAGACAACCACAACCAAAGAGAACGUUUCUAAUACAACUUUUGUAGAGUAUGAGGUACUCCUAACUGGUAUUUCUGGUACUUUCAUGGAAAAAAAUAUCACUUUGCACAGUGCAACUAGAAUUGAGCUUUCAUGCAGAUUGGACAGUAAAUAUUCUCAUUUGAAAAGUCUUCAAGUGAUUUGGAAGAGGGGAAAUGAAACAAUUGGAUAUAUCAAUAAAACUGAAAACAGCUGGAGCAUCCAAUUGAGGAUCUUGGAUAACAGUGAGCUUGGAAGUUAUAGUUGUACUCUGAAAGGUGAAGAAGAAAUCAGUGCUGUGUUUCAUUUACAAGUACCAAAAGUUGAAGGAAAAGAAAAACCCAUAGUUAGUUAUGAAGGAGAUACAGCUGUAAUGAUCUGUAAAAGUUCUGGCUAUACUCCCAUUGCAUGGAACUGGUACAUGACCAACGGAAGUGAACAGAUUGCAAUUAAUGACUCUUUGACAGACAAGUAUGUAACUAAUAGAAUAUCUGCCAAUGUAACGCAUCUGAAGAUACUGAAGCUCACUGAGGAAGAUGAUGGUGUAUAUUGGUGUGAAGCAGUUUUUGAAUUAGGGAAGAGUAAAGGAAAGCUGCAACUUAAAGUUCUGUCCCUCAUGGUGCCCCUCAAACCCUUUCUGGCAAUUGUGGCUGAGGUUGUUACUUUAGUAACUAUUGUCUUCCUUUGUGAGAUGUAUUCAAAAAAGAAAGAGAAGAGUGCAGAAGAUGAGAAAGAAUUUGACCAAAUUGAACAACUUAAAUCAGAAGAAAGCAAUGGUCUGGAAAACAGUAGUGCUAGGCACAGAAAAAUCUAA